UAUGUGUCUGGUCCUACGUUGUAGUUGACUGACGGACUCAUAAGAGAGAUUGGAGUGUCCAGAAGCCUGUACGAGGGUAGAGUGCCAGGGCUACCUGAAUUUGAAAUACCUAACACCAGUAUACCUUGAACUCACAGAGAUAGACUGUAAGCGUUGAUAGUUUAAUAUGCAUGCCCCACUUGAUUUGCUUUUGAAUUAGUGAUAACAUAGUUGUAGGACCAGUUAAAUAGUGACACGUUGGAUUUUACUAGCUAGUAACAACCUUGUGACAUUUGAUAUGACUUGUUGGAGUUCAAUCGAAAAGAAAAAUUUAUGAACGUGGGUAUGUAAGUUGAAAAACCAGUCAGAGCAGAUAGCAGUCUAAAGCUGUUUGAAAUCCUCGUAAUACAUGUUGUAGUCUUUAGUUGAUGACCAUUUGUUUUAAUUUCAUUGUGUGCAAAUCUGUUUUUUCGCUGCCGAACUUAUUUUCUGCAUCAUUUUCCUUAAUUUAUUUGUAAGACUGAGUAGUAAUGUUUUAUUGCCGAUAAAUGCUUCUAAACGGAAGACUAGUAGCUUCGUACUGAACUGGGUGGUGCAGUCUUUUUCAUACUGUCUAGUGAUCGAUAUAAAUUUUUAUCCAUCAGCUUUCUGGUUAUUUUUGAGCGUAUAUAUAUAUAUAUAUAUAUAUAUAUAUAUAUAUAUAUAUAUAUAUAUUUCUAUUUAGGCAUAAUUAAUUUACUUAAAUGAAUCCGGCGGAGCUUGAAUUUCUUUCAGAAGAGGAAGGAUUGACCAUAGUACCUAAGUUUAAACUUGAUGCUAUUAAGCUGCUCAAUACUACUAUUGGUCCUUUUUUCCCAAAUGUGCCAACUGUUGUCCCUCUUUGGGUUGCUCUUUUUCUGAGAGGGCAGCAAAAGUGUCGUAUUAUGCCACCAGCGUGGUUAACGUUAGAGAAGUUAAAUGAGUGUAAAGAAGCUGAAGAGAACGACUCUGGUUGUACUUCUCCUCCUCAUUCUCAAUAUAUUGAAAUUAGUACACUUCUUCUUCAACACGCGGCUGAAGAUAUACCGAAUCCUGAAAGUAUUCGCAACAUUGUUCGUGAUGUAUGGGAUAUUCGUGUUGGGAAAUUGUUAUCGUCUGUUAAUGGUUUCCUCUCUAGUGGAUCGUCGACAGCACGAGUUAGUCAAUUGACUAAUAUGGAAUUAACCACUUUACAUAAUCUUCUGGCUAAUUCAAUGGACCAGUUAUCUUUACUACGUCAGGCAACUUCACAAGCUGUAGAAUUCGGUGGUAGCGCAGUUAAUCGAACAUCAUUUUUGAAUUCAUCAUCUGUCGGAAACUAAGAUAAUAUGGAUUUAUCUACUUGUGUUCCUAUCAUCUAUUCAUCCUACUAAUCAGAUAAAUAUUAUAUUUAUAACAUUUCCUUGUAUGUAUCUAUGACGUAAUCGUGUAUAAAAUUAGUGCUCAUCUAGAAUUAUCUCUUUAUGGAUUUUCUUUGAUUACAUGUAAAAGUGCAUAGUUGAAACUAUUUUGCAGUACAUUAAAUAUAGAUAUUUCUAGGAAAAUUCACUUGUUGAAACUGGAUUUUCUCAACGGUGCACUAGUUUAUUUGUAGAUCGUAAUCAGGGUAAUAUUACCGAAAUUCUUUAAUGUCAAUAAGAUUUGAUUAAUAAGUAUAGUGUGAAUAUCAAUCUAAUUGAUUUAAUAUUUCACUGUAUCGUACAAAUUUUUAGAUGUUUUGGUGUAAUCAACAAUAAUACUGAGACUUUCUUUUGCCUACUUUCUUUGUUUCUGAAAGCCUUCGAUAAUUCAUAAUAUUGUGUAUUUAGUUAUUUUACUCAGUAUUAAUAGCAUAUUUCAAAAUGGUCAUUGUUUUCUAAAUUCAUCUAAAUCCUUUUGUCUAACAGAUGUCUUUUCGUAGUAAGCACUCUUUCGUAAACUUUUCAAAUAAAUUUGGAAACUUCAUUCAUUUUCGCUCAUUAGUGCAACAGAAUAAAUGAUUAUGAUGCUUUUUUUAAUGCUUAGUAUUUUUUUCGUAAAUAAUACCGAUAUAUUAUCUGUAAUGAUGUAGUUCAAUGGCUUAGAAGCUUUAUUUUCCAUGGUUUUUACACUGGUUGAAACCUUAACUUGGAUUUAUCACUUCAAUAGUUUGGCUUUAUCGUCAACAGUAUUUUAAGUACAUCAACUUGGUAGCAAUUCAGUAAUUACAUAUUUCAUAGUAUAUUUUUGUUACUUCUAUCAUCCCACUACCAUCAUUAUUAAUAUUAAUAUUCCUUUGGUUCUCAUCUUAAUAAUUUUCUCUCUUACUGUGCUAAUAUGGAGCUCAGUCAUAGUUUGAAGCUACUCAAACACUGCGUAGUUACCAGAAAUUACUAAUGAAAAGCAAUGAAAUUACGGUGGAAUAGUGGUUUUAACAUAGUUUGUUACUUCUUACAUGCUAAACUAUUAAUUACCAUAAAGAAAAAAUUAAGUUUAGAUAUUAGGAGUUGGGUUGGUGUUGGAAGUAAGUUAUAAUGCUAUGGAAUUUUCGCCACCAACUAACGUCGGUUGUAAUGCAAAGAGCUUAGGGUUAGGUUGUAGUUACUCUAAAUUUAUGUAUUAGGAUUAUGAAUUAGGGUUAGGGUUUUUAUCAUGAACUGUCACCAACUACAAUACAGUGAUUUUUUGUCACUUCUGUUUACAAACUUAAAUAGACUUUGAGUCGAGAUUUAAAUUCGGGAGUUAGGGGGACACUGCUAUCUAGCUACACGGACACCAUUGGCUGUACUGAAUUAUAUCAUGCACUAUAAAGUACUGUUUUUUGACUAACCGGUUAAUUAGCACAAAAUCUGCUUUAGAGCAGGUAUUUUUUGUAAUUCAGCCUAAACAUAAUCUCAUGUUAACUGUAUGGUUGCGCAUUAGAUACUUUUUAAAAUCAAUCUCAAGCAGUGCAUUGCCAGUUUUUACUAAGUCAAAACAUAAAAGCUAUCUAGCAAUAUGCUCUUAAUUUCACUCAGAAAUAUACGAGAAUCUGAUUAGUUUACUUUUACUUAAUGGAGAAUACAGAAACUUGUCAAUUUAAACACUACAGCAGUUACUAAAACCUAGCACAAUUUUAUGAAGCCAGUAAUUUGUUUGGUAUUAACUCAUAAAUUGUGCAGAUUAUAACGGGUACAAAUUUCUCCCUUGGGUUUAUUUUUUGUAGCGUCAUCCCCCAUAACUUUUUAUCUUAGCUUUCUUUCUAUAUGAUAUUUUGCAAAUGUUUGUAGCUACAUUAUUGGUAUCAUUCUUUACUUAUAAUGAGAUUGUAAGAGGUGACAGUUAAGAUAUUGAAAAGUACUCAGCGAAAGUACAUCAACGGUUUGUCUUUUUUGCUAAUGUAAUUCGUACAUGAAUAACAAUAAUUUGUUGUGAUAAUAUGAUGUUUCACUACUUCGAUCAAGUAACUCCGUAAAUUGUUCAGUUAUCUUCACUCUUUCGUUUCUCGAUAUUACUAUUUCAUUUCAACCAAACAAUUUUUUUCUGAAUUGAAGUUAAGGUGCGACGUACUUUGUUUUAGCGUCUCCAGCAGAAUUUUCAAAACAAUCAAUCUAAAUUUAAUCUGUUGUAAUGCUGAAUUUCAUCUAUCCUGAGUUCUGAUUGUACAGAGAAAUGUGGUUUAUCGAAUUAAAAAUUUAAGGAUAUUUAUUGAUCGCCAUAUAAGUUUUGAUGGUGUCAAUUAAAACGUUUAGUGUUCCCUGUCUAAAACAAUGUUAAAUAAACGUCCGAAAACAGCUUUGCAACAGUAUACAGCACAUCCUUGUGUCACAGAGUUCUUUCGACAAAACUACGUCUAUCAAUACUAUUUGUUUCAUAAAAAGAGAAUUGGUAUGAUAACUUCAGACUGUCUGAUUAUAAAACUAAACAUCCAUAAGCUGAAGUGUUACUGUGGUAUUUGUUCAUUAUUACGCGCUGACUACGAAUUACAACACGGUACGUUCAGGCAUGGUCAGGACGUUGGGCCAUGGGUUUUCGCGCACAUGUCACAUGUUGUCGAGGUUUUCGGAUGUCGUUAUGUAUCAGCUAAUAACACCAUUUGUUUCCGUCUCACGUCAAUUUUCAUAAUGUUUGUGUUUGUUACAUAGCUUUUAUUCCUGUUUAUUAGUUGUUUGACGUAUUUGUUGCUCACAACCUUGAUGAGUGUUUAGUCAGCCUAAUGUGGUUAUUUGUAACAAUGCAAACUCGGACAAGUGAAAUUCGCCAUUUGUCAAGUCAAAAAUAGACCGCGACAAUGAGCUCUAAGACCUUUUACAUUUGAUGGUGACGAACAUGGAUGUUGGUAGUUGCUUAUAAAAUGUAGAUUGAAGCAAUCAAUGUUAUGUAACUUGUUAAUAUACAGCCAUAAAUAGUUCUAUCCACUAUAAGUAUAACCGUUUUCGACUGGACUGAUAUAUUAUUACGUAACGUAUCUGAGAAAAAUUAUAUGAGUAACAGUUGACGUUGUUAGCCUUUUCCGCCUGUUUUAUGAACAUAUACAGGAACUGUGUAUAACAUUACUGUAAAUGCCACACUAAUUAGUCACAUAUUCUUCAUAAGUAAAGCGAUGCACGUUUGUUUUGAGAAUACUAACUUAGCCAUCUUGCAGUUAAUCCUAAUUUAUGAUGUGUCUCUUAUAGGGUUUACGAAUGAAUUUCUGUAAACAGGAUCCACAAUCACUGAUCAAAUUAUAGAUAAAGUUUUAAUGCACAUUGACGAUUGAUAUCCAAAUAGUGCCUACCAGUUCUGUCGUUAUUGUAUUUAAACAGUGAAUUGCUAAUAGUAUUAUGAACGUUGUAAUUGGGUUUCUCUCAGAUUUCAUAUUAAUAAUAAAAAUUUUGAAUCCGUUUAUUUUGUACCUGCAGUUUCUUUGUUGAUACCAAAUGACUAGGUGGAAUUCUAGAAGGGUUAGAAAUGUGAAAAACACUACAACAAGUAAGACACUUAUAGGUAAAUUCUGCUAUUUCAUUUACUUAUUGAAUUUGAUACUGAUAACGAAGUUUAGUCGUUUGUUUUUCAGAAUUGCAUGAAGCUGAGAAAGUCCUUAUACGUUUUCUGAUACACAACUCACGGUUCCCGACAACGGCUCAAACCUUCCUAAGAAUCAUGUCCAUGCCAGUGAACAACUUAGCGAGUUUCUGAAUAUGAAAGAUUAUGUGUAGAAAAAAUUUACAAGUUGACGACAACUGUUUUAUAUUGACUACUGCCAUAUUCCUUCAUUUAAUGAACUAUUUAUAUAUAAAUAUAACAACUAUACUCAGC